AUGGCAUGCCUCAGUGGCCCACUUGUUCACCUCGACGAUCACGUCAAUACCGGUAGCAUGACGCUGGACCGCCAUCAUCCACCCACAACCGUCGUCUCUCUGGACAUAGAGAGAAAGAUGGUAAAGGCCGCUCGAGUCAGAGCCCGCGCCUUGGUACAGCGGGACGUUCCCAUGGCUCGUAUCGAGCUCGCAGACAACAUCGCGGCAUCAGCUGCUGGCGUUUCUCUGUUCCAUCAUCUCGAUGGCGGCAAACACAUCGUGAAAGCCACGGUGGUCCUCCCUGGCACCACCAUGAACGACAUGAUAUCCAUGUUGACCUUGCGCACCGCGCAACAAUACUCUCGCAUGAUGCAAAGCCUCCUGGGUGAUCUUGUCGUUGGCGCCAUCACCCUCCACACAGCCGACGCCACCGACGAAUCCGACAGCCUCAGCCUGCAUUGGUUGACACUGCAACCCCCGCAUCAACGGGACGUCGCACCACCUCCCCGACCUCAGGACUACGUGUACCUUCAGCAUACGUCUAUGAUCAUGGGCCGAUUAGUGUCGUUGUGGCACAGCAUCACAUUGCCAUCCAUGCCACCCCGAGCUCAUGUCGAUCGCGGAACAUUCCACCAAAGCGGCUUUGUCGUGACCCCCCAUGCCAAUGGACACAUUACAGCGUCGUUUUUCCUGUCUGUAGUCCCAACAUUGCUGUCCCCGUCCACCCCAUUAGCCGCACUGUGUCACAUAGCCAGCACGUGCGCUUCGCGCUUGCUCAGCACCGUCGCCACUUUGUCGCUCCCUUCGCAUCUGUCUAUAUUGCAUCUCACUCCAUCUACAGACCAAUGUCAUAUGAUGUGUCAAACCCAAUCGAAGCCUCAUGACGGCAUCGCACCGUCUCGACAACAAGCCAUCGCUUGCAACACCUGCCAACAACGGCCCGUGUAUCUUUCAUGUGCCUCGACCAAGUCGUACAACAGCUCUGUGAAUGACCACCUUUGUGCGCUCUGUCACACCACCCCAACGCCUCUGUCCCCCCCCACCCCAACGCAUGUUACGACCCCAUCCUCCAUUGCUGGUGUCCACUCCGUUUCCUACCGACACCCGCCAUCCUGCGACAGUGUCGCAAGUCCUGCUUCGUCGUCGUCGUCGUCGUCCGCAACGUCCUCGGCCGCCAAAUCAACGUCCAUGUGGACGCCGCGGCACACGCUGUCCCUCGCAUCGAUCCCGUCCGUGUUAUAUCCGCACAUCCAGAAACAUGCCAACCGCCUGCAUGUGACCCCGGAGCUCGAAGCCGACAUGCGGGACAUGGGCCAAGCAGCGGUGGACGCGCUGCUUGGAGCGAUGCAAACGCCCAUGCUCGCAUUGACGCCUCCUUCUUCCCCCGAUAGCCAUGUUGUUCAUGACGUGGAGCUCUACGAAGCCAACACGUCGCACCUGUACACUGUCAAAGCCGUGGUGACCCUCCCCCCGUACAACAUGUUGGACGUGAUGGCCCUUCUCGACAUGCGCACGACAUCGGGGUUUCGACAGACCAUGCGCACCCUCUUGGACGGCGCGUUUGUGGACGGCGCGGUCCUGCACGCGGCCCCGCCAUCGUCGCCCCAGUCGGCCGAAAGCAUGACGCUAAACUGGCUCGCGGUGCAAAACUCCAAAGUGCACUUGCCCCAUCGAGAUUAUGUGUUUUUGAAGUACGGCAACUGCUAUCGACGAUGCAGCCGAAAUCGACGACCUGCCGUCAUCCCCCCAGAAAGUACGGCCGAGACCCCUCCACCUAACGACAUGGUGGCUGUAUCGGUGUGGGAAAGUGUCGAUUUGGCUGCGUGUGGCCCUCUCCCCAAUGACCUCAACAUCCUCCGACUCAACUUUCGACGGUGUGGGUACGUUAUCGAGUCGGUAGCUCCACGCAGCGGCGGAGACUUCGACGGCAUUCGUGUAUCGUUCUUCAUGUCCGAAGAAGUGCUGUCGUCGCGGAGUGUGUCGCCCUUGGGCAAAGCGUGGGUCGUUCGAAUGGCCCAGAGCGUCGAACGGCUUCGCCAAGGGCUCAUGGAACAGUAUGUGAGAGAAGGAAGACGGACGGAUGACGCUGUACCACGAACAGUCCCAUCAGUGGCUAGGUCCAGUUCAAGGUGCCAUUGCUGCGCCAAACGAUUUUCGCUGCUGCGACGGCGCCAUCCGUGCCAGCUUUGCUGUCAAAUCGUGUGCAAACGAUGCCUGGACAAGCAAUUUCAACUGGAUUUGUGUGUGGCCUGCUGCGUGCCGACCUCCGUGUCGUUGAUUAAAUACUGGACCCCAUGACUAACAUAGAC